GCCUCUUUGAAGAUGUUCGGUCGGUUGUGCCCGCUCUCUCCGCUAGGGGGCGCCCCUCCCAGACCAAAAUAGACCGAGAUGCGCUUCACAGAAACUCUCGGCUCACUUUCCAGAGUGAAGUCGCUGGAGAGGAUCUGGCACUGAUUUCUCUCCCUGUCUUUCACUUCAGUAGUCAGAGAGGAUGAAUGUGGAGGAUGAAUGAAGGACAGGCGGUUUUGAAAGAGUAGUGCAUCCCCAGGAAAAGGAGGAGGAAUAAGAGAAUAAGAGGAGGCAGAGUAAACCAGAGGACGAUGAGGACCUCUCUUCCCCUGCUGGUCCUGCUGAUGCGCUGCUGCGAGUCUCUGCGCUUCGUGUGUCCGGAGAUCUGCCGCUGCUCCAUGAAGACCAUCAGCUGCACCAGAGCGACCGAGGCGAGAACAGCCAGACAGCACAGACUUGUUCUGAACUACAUCCACUUGAAGAGCAUUCUCAGUCUCAGCUUUGACGGACUGAAGGGUGUGAAGAGAAUAGAAAUUGCUCAGAGCGUCACUCUGGAGAGCAUUGAGACUCAAGCCUUCAACAACCUCCUCAACCUCUCAGAGAUAUCGAUCCAGAACACGCGGAGCCUGGUUCACAUCGGCCAGCGGGCCUUCAGUAACCUUCCCAAGCUGAGAUAUCUGAGCAUCUCCAACACUGGCAUAGCUGCGUUCCCUGACCUGACGUCCAUCUCGUCUCUCGAAGCUUCGUUCAUGCUUGAUAUCUGUGACAACCUCCACUUGCGGUCAGUCCCACCGAAUGCCUUCAGUGGAAUGACAAGUGAAGACACCACAAUGAACCUUUAUAACAACGGCUUCAGAGAAAUACAAAGCCAUGCCUUCAACGGGACAAAAAUAGACAUACUAAUAUUGAAGAACAACCGAAACCUGCAAAUAAUCCACAGAGAGGCCUUUAGAGGAGCUGCUGGCCCUACUGUACUAGACGUGUCCUCCACAGCUCUGGAGACGUUGCCCUCUGUCGGAAUGCAGUCAGUUCAGAAGCUGGUGGCUCGCUCGGCGUUCUCGUUGAAGAGGCUGCCUCCCCUGAAGAGCCUGGAGAACCUGAGGGAAGCUCAGCUCACCUACCCCAGCCACUGCUGCGCUCUGCUCAGCUGGGACGCCCACAGGGAAGCUCCAUCUUCAGCACUGAGAAACGGAUCUUCAUACUGUGAAGAGCAGAGUCUGUCAACUACAAAUGCAGGUGAUUCCAUAACGGUGGAAGAUCCCUUUUCCUCUGACACGUCAGGACGUUUCGGCUUUGUAGACUUCGAGUACCCAGAACUGGACUCCUGCCAGACGAAGCCAGUCCUUCACUGCAGCCCAGAGGCAGACGCCUUCAACCCCUGUGAGGACAUUGCUGGGUUUGGGUUCCUGCGGGUGGCCAUCUGGUUCAUCAACAUCUUGGCUAUCGCCGGCAACCUAACGGUUCUUCUCGUGUUCUUUGCUGGCCGCUGCAAGCUGACCGUCCCUCGAUUCCUCAUGUGUCACCUGGCUUUUGCCGACUUCUGCAUCGGCGUGUACCUCCUCAUGAUCGCCACCGUAGACCUGCGGACACGUGGCCACUACAGCCAGCACGCCAUAGAGUGGCAGACGGGAGUGGGCUGCGGCGUCGCCGGCUUCCUCUCCGUCUUUGGUGGCGAACUGUCUGUCUACACGCUGUCUACCAUCACUGUGGAACGCUGGCACACGAUCACCCAUGCUCUGCGGCUGGAACGUCGGCUCGGUCUGCGCCAAGCUGCUGCCAUCAUGGCUGCAGGUUGGCUGCUGUGUCUGGUCAUGGCCGUGCUCCCCCUAGUGGGCGUCAGCAGCUACAGCAAGGUCAGUAUGUGUCUGCCUAUGGACAUCGAGACCAUCGUGGCCCAGGCCUACGUCAUCCUCCUGUUGCUCUUCAAUGUGGGGGCCUUCCUGGUGAUCUGCGGGUGCUACGUGAGGAUCUACACUGCCGUGCACCACCCUGAGGUGCCUGGGCGGGCCGCUGACACCAAGAUCGCCAAGCGCAUGGCCGUGCUCAUCUUCACCGACUUCCUCUGCAUGGCACCCAUCUCCUUCUUCGCCAUCUCCGCCGCCUUCAAAGUGCCCCUCAUCACCGUCACCAACUCCAAGAUCCUCCUGGUGCUCUUCUAUCCCAUCAACUCCUGUGCCAACCCUUUCCUCUAUGCCAUCUUCACCAAGGCCUUCAGGAAGGAUGCCUGCCUGGUGCUGAGCUCCAUGGGCUGCUGCGAGAGCAAAGCCAACAUGUACCGCAUUAAGAUGGCGUACUAUUCGGAGAACGCCGGGAAAAGCAAGAGCAGUUCAGGCAGCAAGGAUCCACGCACCGCUGCAUGGUGGUCCUCAUGUCCUCACCAGAAACCAGAGGGCAGCUGA